AUGGAAGUCGACAUACAAAACAUCUACGAAAACGACCCCAGACCAACGUUCCUUGUGGAUUUUCAGACGGAAACUCCCGCCAUCAGCCAUGUCAAUCCUGCACUACUUGCCAUACCACAUAUAGCCCAAUCGCUCCACGCACACGAUGCGCUGCGGGACUGGUGGGAUCCAGAGAGUAGAGUAGCCUCUCAACACCAAACCGGGUUCCUGCAUGGACGGUGCCGAUGGAUCAAGUUCCGUGUUGAUCACCGAUGGCUUGUCGUUACCAUUGUGGAGCAGUCGAUUCCUACGGAUGAUCACCAGGAGGAUCUGCAAGAGCCUGUGAAGCCGAAGUUAGCCCGAAUAGCCUCACCCUUGUUGGAAUCACGUCAAGAUACCAUCUUCACCGUCAAGAUACAGUCGCCAGAACUCCGUGAGCAUAUUGAUCACGUUCAAAAGGUCAAUUGGUCGAAGACCUCUCUGGGCGCAAUUAGUAGUUGGAGCUAUGAGCUCAAUGUCUUGGUCACUACCCUGAUGCUGGAGACUCGUCCAACCGCUCUCUUUCUGGGACCUGAACACACGAUCCUUUAUAACCUUGCCUAUGGCGCUUUCAGUGGCUCGAGGCAUCCUGCGAUACUUGGCCAGAAUAUUAUUGAUGCUUGUCUGACAAAAGUCAGGCCCGAACUAGUCGCCCCGAUUUCAGCUACCAUGGCCCGCACGGAGAAAACAGAUUUUGCAGAUGCCCCAGAAGAAGAAUAUCAUCUCAUGGUUGAAAGGGAUGGCUUCGUCGAAGAAGCUUUCUUCAUGUGGAGUCUUGUACCGCUCGUGGGUAAUAUACGCGGCAUGUACUCCAUGGUGACCGAGGUGACCAAGCAGAGACUACUUGAACGCCGCGUUGAUACAUUACUUAAAGUUGGUCAAUCAAUCAGCAAGGCGAAAAAUAUGAAAGACUUUUGGGCCAACAUAGCGCAAGCUAUCGAACCUUAUCAGUACGACUUUCCGGCAGCCGUUUUAUACUCUCAAUGCGAGUUACUUGACCCCCUAGAUUCCAAAGGCGCUCUGAGAGAGCCACGGGAUCGAUGCACUCUGGAAUGGACCAUUGGUUAUAAACCUGAUCAUCCAGAUCUGCCUCAGCAUUUGAACCUAGACAAAGAUUUUGGUCUAGGACGCGCCAUGAGUGAUAGUGCAAAAGGGGGGCCAGCGCUGGUUUUCAGAGAAGAAGACGGCGUACUACCCGAGGCUCUCUAUAGAGACCUCGAAAAACGAGCCUUUGGAGAUCCAAUAGGAGUAUUUCUUGUCAUACCAAUACGGAGUUACGACGCUACCAUUGUGGGAUACCUCCUUGUUGGUCUGAAUACCCGCCGGCCGUACGACGAUGAGUACGAGGAUUGGAUCAAAACGCUUUCUAACCUUUUAGGCGCCUCUGCUACAUCGGUAGCCCUUCAAGAAGAAGAAGUACGAAAACGUACACGGCAAGAGGAACAAGCCGCGAGGGACCUUGAGGCUCUUAAUGCUGAAGUUGCGACUCUUACAAAGGAAGCUAGCGAUGUCGCGGAGAAACUGCGCAACUUUCACGACAUUGCAGACCAAGUUGGUCUCGGCUACUUUGAAAUUUCUGUUGACGGGAUGAUGGUAGAUGCAAAUGAGACAUACUUUGCUCAGACAGGCCAACGAAGAGACUUUGGCGAUGGCCCACCAUUCGCAUACAAGGAAUGUGUAUACGAAGGAGACCUGGAAAUGGUCGAGAAGAAGUGGGAGGUUUUGAUAAGUGGUGAGCCAGCCACAUUCGAAAUUCGCUGGAAGAAAGCCGCCAACCAAAUACACGAAAAUGGCAAAAUCGGCCAUGACUAUCUAUGGACUUUGGCAGCCUGUGUUCCUAUCAAAUCUCCAGACGGAACUGUGACUGGUGUCUUUGGAUGCAACACCGACAUUUCCGCGCAAAAGGAGGCUACUCAAGCUCUGAUGAUGCGAUCGGAGGCAGAACGGCGUCUGGCUAGCUUCACUGAACUUGCACCAGUGGGCUUGUUUCAUCUGAACGCAGAUCUUUCGAUGAAAUACUGCAAUGAUCAAUGGUUUCGUAUAACUGACCAUCCGAAGAUACCCAUGGAUCAGGUAGAGUGGCGGUCGGUUGUCUACCCGGACCAGAUAGAGCGCGCCUACCGUGAGAUAAGGGCUACAAGACAAAAACAAGGGGCGCAUACUUUUACAUGUCACCUGAAGAAACACUGGAAGGGACCCGAUGAUAUCUCAACACCAACUUGGAUCCUCGUGGCCGCCACAGCGUAUACCGACGACUCCAUCAUGGGAACAAUGACAGACAUCUCGCAGCUAAAAUGGGCCGAAGCCAUCCAAAAGAGCAGAGUAGAAGAAGCGCUAGAAUCAAAAAGACAACAGGAGAACUUCAUCGACAUGACAAGCCACGAAAUGCGUAACCCUCUAAGCGCCAUGGUCCAAUGCGCCGACUCCAUCUCAUCCUCGCUCACUGAAAUAAACGACCUAACCCGCGGCUCCGUCCUCGCCGCCCAACCGGUCCUAAAAACCCAACUCAACGACCUCACAAGCACCAGCCUCGACGCCGUCGACACCAUCCAAGCAUGUGCCACGCACCAGAAACGCAUCGUAGACGACAUCCUCACUUUAUCGAAACUAGACUCUAAACUCCUCGUCAUCAGCCCCAUUGUCCUGCAGCCUGCAGCCCUCCUAAACGACACGUACAAGAUGUUCAAGGAAGAAGCAAAUAAAGCACACGUCGACCUACGCGUUAGAUGCGAUGAGUCGAUCGAGGCUUUGCGGAUUGAUUGGGCGGUGCUGGAUCCAAGUCGCGUGUUACAAGUUCUUAUCAAUUUGUUAACCAAUGCUAUAAAAUUCACCCAAGACCAGGAUGACGAACGCAGGGUCGAAGUCAUAAUGGGGGCGUCGCUCAACGCAGAAAAGAUGUCGGAGAUUGAGUACGUGCCACAGGAAGCCGUGCAGAAAGAUUUCCUGCUAGAGCCCGAGUGGGAUGGUGCGGAUGAAGUGUUUUAUCUCAGCUUCACUGUUAGGGACACUGGGUGUGGGCUUUCUCCUGAACACAAGGCAAAGUACGGCGGAUCAGGUCUUGGCCUCUUCAUCUCCCGCGAACUCACCGAAAUGCAAGGUGGUGCCAUUGGCGUUUCGUCUUGUCAAAACGUCGGUUCUACGUUUUCUUUUUACAUAAAAUCGCGACGGGCGAGCUCCCCUUCUUCCCCCCAGCUCGGCACCACCACCACCACUACCAGCAACAGCACUCGCACAUACACGCCCACCCCACCCCACCCCAAGCCCCAACAAAAACAACGCGGAAGAAGCAGCUUCUCCAGCUGA